ACAAAGGCCCUUUGGCCUAGAAAACGCAAACUUGUUGCUCUAGACAUGGGCAAGCAACAAAAAACCAAAAAAAUUAGGCUUUCGACCAAAACUGAAAAAGAAAACAAGGAAAAAACCUUACACUUUACAAAGAAUAAAGAGAACAAGGAAAAUUCUAGUUCAGUAAACAUAGGGCCAGACAACUAUCAGCUCUCAAAUACAAAGACAUCAGAAAAACUUAAGGACGCAGCAACUACUACAA